AUGGAGUUGGAGAGAGCCUUUCGGACUCCAGAACCAGCCCAAUACCAACAACCGCCUACGUAUUUGACCCAAAGGGACAAACCCCAGGAUCCAUCUGCAUUGGAACCAAACCCCCACCACGUGCAAAAACAGACUCCACAACGAGAGGCUCAAACCCCAGAACAGCCUCCGGUGAUGAGCGACCACGAGCAGCUCCAGCAAUUACAGAUUACGGUCAUGCAGUUGGAGAGGGCCUUUCAUAACUUUGUCAACGCUUCCUCACCAAGUCACUCCCAUAAGGGUAGUUUUGACAGCGCAAUAUCCAACCAGAGUAGCCUCUCUAGGCCGUCGUCUGUCAUCAGUCCAACGUCGCCCAAGCACCCCGACAUGAAAGACACUUACUUUCACAACCCCGCGAAGACGUACACCUCGUCUCCACUUGGAAGGCCAGCGACAGCAUCGAACGAUUCAGCCAAUCACAGCCGAACGAAUUCUAUCACAUGUGGCAGUCCCACGGCCGAAAUGGGUCCCAAGCAAAUGGAAGGGAAGGCCAAGAGUUCGAGGCUUCGAAAGGUGCUCUCAGCUGGCAGCAUGGAGCUGCUCGGGGAACAUCCUGAUAUAGCAUAUGAUGGCCAUGAUGUUGAACCCAUAGACCAGGGGGCUGCUCGUGAAGCGCGCAAUGAAGAUAGACCUCAACCGCACAAUAGUUCGGGUCAUGGAAUCUACGGUCGUAAGAUCUUCAGCAAAUCAGUGGAUCACCUUGCAGCAUCACCAUCUAUGGCAACACCAGCGUCGGCAUCCUCUAUGCUCCGCAAGGUGGGGAACGGCAUGAAGAGAAAGUCCCGGACUCUCUCUGGACUUUUCCGCCCCAAAUCUGCCGUGGCCACUGGUUCCCCUAACACCGCUUUUGAGGCGGAGUUGCCGCUUACCAAUGAGCCACUCAAGUCUCCAGUACCCGAGACAACACCCUCUCUGACUUGGAGCACGGAUAUGGCGAAACCGAACUUGAGCCGUGAAGAUAUUUAUCAAGCCUUGGAUACACCAGAGCCUGAUACACCAGAGCCUCCAUCAUUCAAUAUGAACAAGAAUUACGCAUCUGUUCAAACACAGGAUGCCGGGACAAUUCAAAAGCCUGGAAUGGCUCCCAGGAGCAUUCUCAAGAAACAAUCUCAACCUAGUGCCUAUCUUUUAGACACACCAACUCAAAUAAUACCCGAAAUUCCUUCCUCUCCGCCCUUGACAGUUCCUAACACUCCACAAACCGAAACCCAGUAUGACUGCUGGGUUAACCCUUUCGAAACGACGGACCUUGAAACAUUAAUGGAUGCACUUUCAAACGUAUACGACUAUGACGAGCCAGCUGAAUCGGUCCAGGAAGUUGACAAAUACCAACCUCCGUUUGCUCCACGCCCUAUCUCCUAUUAUCUUUAG